GCAAAAUGCAGCUCAAAGCAGCCUACGUCUUGUUUACCUUGGCGCAUUUCGCCAUAGCCGCGCCUACCACGGACUCGACGAGCGGACUCUCUCCCGUCAAUUCGCCUCGAGGCUCACCCGGAGGCUCACCCGGAGGCUCGCCCCAGGGCCACGAGACCAUUCGAACAAACGCCGGUGCCUCCCCCGAGCCGUCUGUGGAUACGUACUGGAGACUUGGAGCCUUUCGACCAGCCGACGUCCCAGAUGCCACUGGGGCCCCGAGAGGUUAUGGACAGCAGGCAAAGGAGCUCGCAUGUAACGCGCUCGACACUUGCAUCGAGGCAGGCUUUGGUUCCAUUGUAUUGGUGGGUGCCCUGGGUCAGAAUUGCGCACGAAGAUAUAGGCAAAACCAGGCAAAGGACAGGAAAGCACUGGGAAUAUCAGAUGGCUAUGGGCAAAAGGCAAAGGAGCUUGGGUGCAAUGCGCUUGAGACUUGUUUCGAGGCGGGCGUUGGCGCCGGGCUGCUGGCGAGCGACGUGACGGAAAACUGCCUGCGGAGGUUUGGAGAGUUCCGGUACAGAAACGCCGUGGCGCAGGGAAAACCAUAUGAACCCAUCACUAUCGAGCUGGCCGAAGACGGACUCCCCAUGAAGGCUAUCCAGUGUUGUAGCAAGGGAGCCAAGGCGACCAUGGACGCUGCCUGCAGAUGUUGGGUGAAUCACAGCCAGGGGUUUCAGGAUAUGGUCAAGGAGGCGGAAGAAAAGGAAAGGCAGGGACAAGAAGGCAGCAGCAGCGGGCGGGGAAAUGGGCGGUUGUCAGAGUCGCCCCGGUCACCCAGGUCACCCGGGACGGCAGGAUCACCCAGGAGAGGCUAAAGACGGAAGGAACUUGCAUGAGGCACUGUCGUCUGGGUGGUCAC